CAGUGAAAUAGCUCCGCAUAACGUCACACCAAGCAUUUGCACAAAGCUACGAAAAUGAUGUCUCAUAUCAAUAAAUACAUGGGCUCCAAAAUUUGAGUCAAAAGUGUCUUUUGUCCAAUUUUAAUUCCGAUCUGUUGGGUCUGGUGACACAAAGUGAUCAUGAAGGAAACUGCCGCGUCUCCCAAAUUGUUGGGGGAUAAAACAACAUCCUCGUCCAUGGCAAACGCAGAUCCAAAAGUCAAGACCAAACGCCGGAACAAGAAGAAAUACCGGACCAAGACGGCUCAAACUAGCACGGGUGAUUCCGAUUCCUCUACGGACGAUGACAGGCCUUACAAAUGCAAAAAGACCAGCAAAGUCUAUACGACUCAGGCUGUUGAAACGCAUGAAUACGAAAUCACUAUUGGUCGACAUCAAGGCAGCCUGAAUUAUAUUUUCAAUGGCCCUAUCAUUCUUUCCCCCACCGUCAGUAUGGACGUUAUUUUGGAAAGCAUCAGCCGCGAGUGUAAUCUUCCUUUGGAGCGCCUCCGGACAGCGGUGGAAUCCUGCUCGGAAAUGCCCAAGUACUUGGAAAAAACCGCUCGACAAGAUCCCACUUCGACCCCGUUUUCCAAUUUGGGUCCCGAGCCGGAAAUCCAGGUUCCAAUGGGAGAGCAAAAUGCAUCCAAAUCGAGAGCCACCUUUCAAAUCGAAGGGGAUGAUUGUGGAGGUGAUGACGCAGGUAUCCUGCCUACAGUAAUAAGUUCAGGCCUAGAUGAGGAAGGCAACAUGAAGAUAAGUUUGCGGUUGGCCAGGACCAUUUCAACCAAAGCAGUCCGCGUAAAGCGUGAGUCGUCUCACAUCAUGGCCAAGGCCUGCUACAUGACCUUGUUCUGUUUCGUUUUAAUCCUCUUCAUCUGGAUCGUUUUAAGCCACACUGGUAACACAUGGAUCCCUCGCACUCAACACUUGGAUGUUUCUAUUUCCGGAGCAGAUGUUGCAUUGACUCGUCUAGGGCCCUCCCUGGAUCAGAAUUCAACUUCGAGCUAAAGAAAUAUUGGCAGCCAAAUUCAUAUCUCAAGACAGAAUCAAACUUUUGACCACCAAUGCAUACAUACUCAGGGUACACAAUUCAUUACGCACUCAUUAUUAUCAUACUGAAAAUGAUUUUUUAAAUUCAUGAUUUCUACGAAAUAAAAGGAACCAAAUUAUGAAA